CGGCUCAGAAACACUGCAGGGAUCAUCACUCAGACCUGGCCAGCGUGAGGAACAUGACUGAGAACCAGAAGAUUCAGCAGCUGGUACCAGCAGGAGAUAAAGUCUGGAUCGGUCUGUACAGAGACGCCUGGAAGUGGUCGGAUGGAAGAAACUUCUCGUUAAGUUACUGGAAAAGUGCAGAACCCAAUAAUAAUGCAGGGAAGGAAAACUGUGUAGCAGCAGCGUUUAAUUAUGAAGGGAAAUGGGAGGACUGGCCGUGUGAUGAAAACAAGGCCUUCAUCUGCUACAGUGUUCCAGUUUCAAAGAAGGUUCUGGCUCUGACGCUGGAGAAAACCUCCAACCUGGAUCUGAAUGAUCAUGCUGUACUGGAAGAGCUCCUGAACCAGCUGAAGCAGAAGCUGAAGGAGCAGGGACUGAAUGAAGACAUCCAACUGAGCUGGAGGAAGCAGUCAGAUGGAAAUGUUUUCCACAAAGAGAAGAACAAGCAGACGUCAGUUUGAGAGAACCGGACCUGCUUCUGAAGAAGAUCCUCCUUUCCUUUAACCUUCUGAAAUAUUGUUGUUUCUAUAAGUUAUGCUAUUAACUACGAUUGUCCUAAAGUCAAAUCAUACAUCUGUUGUAUUUAUGAUGUUAGUUUCUAGUUAAUAACAUGUUUUAUCAGAUGG